AUGUUCACCAGCAGGAGACAACCGGCCUCCAACAGCUUCUCAACAAGAUAUGGCACAACCAAAUCCACGAAGCCCGGCAAGUCCUCUUUCCGAGAGGAAUCUCUCACCCGGGGUCUUCAACGCCAUGAGUCGGUGAAGUCUCAUAGAAGAGAGCACAGCACACAUACAAGUCCACCAGUAGGAAGUACCCUUACCUCUGCCAUCAUUACGAUCUGUGUCGGGUCGGAGCAGAGACUCUUCGCUGGUCACGAAGAAGUCCUCUCUCGCUCGCCAUACUUCCAAGCGGCCACCAAGGGCCAGUUCUUCGAGUCCAACUCUCGAAGGAUCAAUCUACCCGACGAGCAGCCUGAGAUCCUCUCUGCUGUGCUCGAAUACCUCUACAAGGGAGACUAUCAUCCGAAACUGUUGCAUAACAAGAGAAAUGAUACAUGGGAGUUGGAUGAUGAAGGCAACAGCUCCAAUGUUACAAUCUACCAUCAUGCUACCAAGCAGACACUCAUGAAGGAUACCGUCAUAUACUGCUCCGCCGAGAAAUACGGCCUUGAAGAGCUCAAACGUCUUGCGCUCCGCAAACAAGGCCUACGACAAGGCAUGCAAAUCUCCACGAUCCUUGCUUCGGCAAGAUACGCCUAUAACCACACUCCGGACUCGGACUCGAAGCUUCGGGCUCAAUACCUCACUCUCAUUAUCCGCAGUCGCAACAACUUCAAGAAAAGCGGCACCAUGAAACUCGAAAUGGAACAAGGCGGUACACUGUUCUUCGACCUUUUCGUCGCCAUGUGUAACCAUAUGGUAAAUAUCCCCAGCACCCUUGAUACCGUGUGCCGCCUCUGA